UCACAGUCAGUAAUACUUGUGCACAGAAUUUCGCAGCAUGUUUUUCUCCAUUCCGGUUUUUUAAAUACACUUACUGAUAAAUAAUUUGUUAUUUUAUCAUUUUCUCAAAUCUCAAAGUACCAUAAAAACAUAAUUACUCAAUUUCAUAUCACAUAAUCUGUCUAACAAUGAUUUCACUAAUGUAGUGCUUUAUCUAACAUUGGUAGAGCAACCUUCAUUUUAAUUAAUUUUCAUUGUUUGUGCAUUUAAAGUGUUUUAGUUUUUUAUGGAGGUCUCUGCAGAAAUUACUUAGUAUUUCAAUAGUGUCUUAUUAACCAAAUACUAUGAGAUUAUAUCGUGAAACUAAAAAGAGAUCUGAACACAAAAAAGCUUUAUUAGUUGACAAGGAGGAAACAAUAGGCAAAAAAUGUGCGAACAAGACGAUUUUUUAUUGAACUAAAAUUCUGCGAAACCGCUCUCAAGAACCAAAUAUAUAAUCAAUUCAAAAACAUUUUCCUUCAGUACCCAACAGUCAAAAUGGAUCAAUGGAUAAAAAUAUCCCUCCUUCUGUGCGUCUUCGGAUUUUUGAAAGAAAUACGACCAUCAGAACCCUUCGUCUACGACUAUCUGAUUGACCACCGAUGGCGAAACGUAACAGGAGAUGAAGUGUCCAAACAAGUGUAUCCAGUGGGAACCUACAGCAACAUGAUCUUAUUGGUUCUGGUGUUUUUAAUCACGGAUAUGUGUAGAUACAAACCUUUGAUCGUGGUUUUGGGACUGUCAGGGAUAGCCGUCUGGGCUAUGUUAAUAUGGACCACGAGUUUGUUUGAGCUACAAGUGCUUGAGGUUUUUUAUGGCAUGUUCAGCGCCGCAGAAGUCGCCUAUUACACCUACAUCUACGCCAAAGUGGAUCCUGAACACUACCAAAAGGUCACCUCACACACUCGAGGUGCCAUUUUGGCAGGGCGUGCCAUCUCUGGUGUCACCUCCCAAACGCUAAUCUCAACAGACGCCAUGAACUUCAAAGAAUUAAACUACAUAACAUUUACUGCCGUUAGUGCCGCCACCAUUUGGGCCUUGUUUCUCCCACCCGUCGACAAAAGCCUCUACUUUCACUCCGAACACUCCAAAGACCAACCCUUUUCUAAAAAAAUCAUCUCAGCCUUCACUCUCAUGAAAUCUCACUUCGUUGACGCCUACACUAACCUCCACGUUAUCAAAUGGUCAGCUUGGUGGGCUCUCUCCACCUGUGGCUACGUCCAAAUCGAAAACUACAUGCAACCCUUGUAUUCCGCCAUUCAAGAUUCAAACGAAGCCGCCUACAAUGGUGCCGUCGAAGCCAUCCUCACCCUCCUAGGCUUCCUGGGGGCGCUUCUUGCCGGAUAUUUGAAAUUUAACUGGGAAGUGAAGGGCGAAAUCACUUUGGGUGUUUUUUCCUUAGUUCAAGGGGCGCUCAUCGUUGUGUGUUCUCAGACGGAAUCCAUUUUCGUGUGCUACGCUUUUUAUAUUGUGUUUGGGAUUUUGUAUCACUUUAUGGUGACUAUAGCAAGUGCCCAGAUUGCCAAAGCCAUCGAUGAGGAUAGUUAUGGGUUGAUUUUUGGUAUUAAUACGUUUUUUGCGUUGGUUUUUAAUUCGAUUUUGACGGCUUUGGUUGCUACUGAAGGAAUCGGGUUUGCGUUAGAUCCCAGGGAUCAGUAUAUUGUAUAUGGGUGUUAUCAUUUGGCUAUUGCUGUCGUGUUUGUUGUUAUGGGGAUGAGGACUUGUUUGAUAAAAGGUAGAUUGGUGGGCGAAAGCACUGAUAAUAUUGUCGAGGAGAGUCAUCGUGUAUAAAUUGCGCGGUUUGAUUGAUUGUGAUAUAAAUUUUGUAUUACAUUUUGAGAAAUAAUAAUUAAAAUAUUUUAGUUUG